UCUUGACUGCUCAAUUCGCCUUCACUCUUUCCGUUCUUCAUCUUAUUGGUCCUGCUAGGUCUCCUCCAUCAUGUCUGCGUCCGGUGUGUACUCAACCGACAAAGCCAGUCUUCGUCAAAGAAGCGACAAGGCUGUAGCUGUAAACGGUGAAAGUGAACUUGAAAUCGAUGCUACCGCUGAAAAACUUGCUCAGCUCGACGACUCGUCUGAACUCUGUGCUUCUUUGGCCAAAUUGGAGCAAAUCGUCGCUCCAAUUUUUUUCACUGCCAUCUCGUUCUUUGUCAGAUUUUACAGAAUCUCUGUCAACGAUGCUGUCGUAUGGGACGAAGCCCAUUUCGGCAAGUUUGGUUCCUACUACUUACGUCACGAGUUCUACCACGAUGUUCAUCCUCCUUUGGGCAAGAUGUUAAUCGGUUUGUCCGGCUACUUGGCUGGCUACAAUGGCUCGUGGGAUUUCCCAUCUGGUGAAAAGUACCCAGACUACAUUGACUAUACCAAGAUGAGACUCUUCAACGCCACGUUUUCUGCCUUGUGUGUUCCCUUGGCUUAUUACACCGGUAAGGAAAUCGGCUUCUCCGUUCUCACGACCUGGUUGUUUACCUUGAUGGUCACGUUGGAGUUGUCGUAUGUCACAUUGGGUAAGUUUAUCUUGUUGGACUCCAUGCUUCUCUUCUUCACCGUAGCCACUGUGUUCUGUUUCCUGCGUUUCAACAACUACAACAACGCUAAGUCCGAGUUCUCGAGAAAGUGGUGGAAAUGGAUCUUAUUGACCGGUUUCUCCAUUGGCUGCACCUGUUCCGUAAAGAUGGUUGGUUUGUUUGUCACCACACUUGUAGGUAUAUACACUGUGGUAGAUCUCUGGAACAAGUUGGGUGAUAAGUCCAUCUCAUGGAAGAAGUACACGCAACACUGGCUUGCCAGAAUCCUUGCGUUAAUUGCUAUCCCCAUUUCCAUCUUCUUACUUUCGUUCAAACUCCACUUUGAUCUCUUGUACAAGUCUGGAACAGGUGACGCCAAUAUGUCGUCGCUUUUCCAAGCCAACUUAGUCGGCUCCGAUGUUGGGGGUGGUCCCAGAGAAAUCUCUAUUGCUCAUUCAGUAAUCACAUUGAAGAACCAAGGCUUGACCGGUGGACUUUUGCAUUCUCAUGUUCAGACUUUCCCAGAAGGUUCCAAGCAGCAACAGGUUACUACCUACGGCCACAAGGAUUCUAAUAACAACUGGGUGUUCCAGAGAUCGAGAGGUGAGACCCCCUAUGAUACCUCUAACAACAACACUGAGAUCGAAUACGUUCUUGACGGCAUGAAGAUCAGAGUAAUGCACCCACAGACUGGAAGAAACUUGCACACUCACGAUAUUCCUGCUCCUGUCACCAAGGGCCACCAUGAAGUAGCCUGCUACGGUAACAUGACCAUUGGUGACUUGAAGGAUAACUGGUUCGUUGAAAUCGUAGAACAGCAGUCUGACGAAGACAAGUUGAGACUUCAUCCUUUGACUACUUCCUUCAGAUUGAAGAAUGAAGUCAUGAACUGUUACUUGGGUGUGACAGGAGUAUCUUUGCCUCAGUGGGGUUUCAGACAAGGUGAAGUUGCCUGCUUCAAGAACCCAUUCAAGAAGGACAAGAGAACAUGGUGGAACAUUGAAAACAACAGAAACGAGAUCUUACCACCUGCUCCCGCUGACUUCAAGUUGCCCAAGACAAAGUUCCUCAAGGACUUUAUCCAGCUUAACGUCGCCAUGAUGGCUACCAACAAUGCUUUGGUUCCUGACUCUGAUAAGCAAGACGACUUGGCUUCUGAGGCAUGGCAAUGGCCUACCUUAAAUGUAGGUAUCAGAAUGUGUAGUUGGGCCAAGGAUAAGGUCAAGUACUUCUUGAUUGGUUCCACAGUUAACACCUGGGCUUCUUCUGUAGGUGUGGUUCUCUUUGCUUUCCUCACUCUCUACUACUUGAUCAGAUGGCAGAGACAGAUUGUCGACUUCCCAGCCAGCGAGCCUAACAAGUUGAAAUUGUUCUUGAUGGGAGGUAUCUACCCAAUGUUCGGCUGGGGUUUACAUUUCAUGCCAUUCGUCAUUAUGGGAAGAGUCACUUACGUCCAUCAUUAUGUGCCAGCGCUCUACUUCGCCUUGAUUGUGUUGUGCUACGAAAUCGAAAGCUUCACUUCUCCUUUGAACAAGGGUGGUUCCGUCAAGAAAUACAUCCGUGGUGCCAUCUAUAUAGCCUGGUACGCUGCUGUUAUUGGUGCUUUCUGGUACUGGAGAUACAUCUCGUGGGGUUUGGAGGGUGCUAAGGAAGACUGGAAGCACUUGGACCUCUUACCAACAUGGAGAAUUUCUGACGACAGAUACCGCUAGGUUUUGCAGUGAAACAAUGAUGAUGCUACCAUUCAUUGUUCUAUUAUUAUAUUUGUUAAUUGCAACUGUAAUGGCUGCGAAUAAAAUUGGAGAUGAUGAAGAUGCACUCAUAUAUAUAGGUAAAGACAUAGAUAUGUGUUUGUACAAUACAGGAUGAUAUCAG